AUAUCCAAUCGCGAUUUUUGGCACGUCACAGCCGCGUCAUCAUGUCUCCGUGUCUGCUUUUAUCGCAGGGGAAUUAAUUAGUUCAACAUUAUCACACCUUAUCGAUACCUUUAUAUGUGAAUAUAUCUUAGACAGUUUGAAAGUAAAUCCUCAUGAUGGAACUGCUGAGCCAAGUGUCUAGCACACAGUUUUUGUUCCCCGCGGCCGCGGUGGCGGUUGUUUUACUAUGCGCAGCGCUAGUAUUUAUCUUCGGGUUCCACUCGGCGGAACAGCCGCAGUUCGACAAAUUGGCGCUAGUGAUCGACGACAAGAAGUCUUCGAAUAAGAAAGUAAAGAAAUCGAAGGAGAAGAAAUCGUCACCCAACCGCUCGAGCGAUGACGCGAAGGCAAAGUCGGAGAGCUCCAAGAAAUCUCCUACUAAGGAGAAAGCGAAGGAGGCAGAGAAGCCUAAGCCGAAACCUGAGAGACCAGCUGAGCCCAAAGUUGUGAAGAAGGAGGCUCCAGUUGAGGCCAAGAAGGGCAAGAAGGGUAAAGCAGCUGCGGAGACUGAGAAGCCCGCUGACUUCGAUGAUGGAGGCUGGCAGGAGGUGCCCAAGAAGACCCAGAAGAAGGUGAAGAGCCCUGAGGAGAAGGAAAAAAAGGAGAGCCCCACCAAGAAGAACAAGAACAAGAAAGCCAAGGAUGCUGAUGUGGAAGCUGCCCGCCCUGUGGAGGAACCUGUUGAAGAGACCAUCAAGGUGCUGAGCGUGGAGGGCCCCCGUGUGGAUGCUGAGGCUGCUCGUGCCCUGCAGGCGCAGAUCGAAGAGGUACAGAGAGUGCUCAAAGAGGCCGAGCGUCGCGACAACCCGGGCCUCGCGACCGACGAGGACGGCCAGGCCGAGGAGACCCCAGACGUCAAGGACCUCCGCAGCAACAAGAAGAACCAGAACAAGGAGAAACAGACCAAGAAGAAGGCCAAUGAAGCUGCUGCUGUAGCCAAGAGUGCUUCUAAAGAGGCUGACUCCGACUCGGACAAGCAAGAUGACAAACCCAAUGUGCCGGUCUUUGAUGAACUUGGAGACACCUGGACGGACGCCAAAGCCAAGAAGGGCAAGAAGAAGGCCCGCAAAGACCAGUGAGGGGUGCGCACUGCACCCGCCGGGUCCAGCGCAGGCGCCCGUCGCUAGCUCAAUGCCACCAGGCACCACACCCGCCACUACUCGCGCCUAGCCUCCAGUAGUCCCGCGGGCUGUGAAAGUUAUUUAUUAUUAAGUUUUACUACCUUACGCAUUCAGUCGACUUACGUCCAUGUUUUUAGUUGUAUAUUUUAUUUUAUAUUUAGCUCGUGUUGACUUGUUUUUUCAUAAUAAUUUUAAUUCUCGUUUUCAGUGAAGCAUAAUAGGGUUUCGUUUUAGUAUUCGUUAUGUAGUCGGGCGUUAGUGACCUUUGGGAAUCUGCAAUGCGUUCGGGCGCCGAGUCCCGAGCGUGGCAGCGAUGUUGCGUGGUGAACUUGUUUUGAGAUGAUUUUAACGAUUAACCGUCUACGUAGAGACGCCUAAUAGUGUCCGUGUAUUCUGUACAUGAGUAGGUGUCCAUUAGAUUACCAUCCUACCUGCCUAUGUAGAGGCAGCCGUAGUCUUUAAACCUUUGAUGACCUUCACAAUCUUCUGGUGCUUGUAGUAAUAAGUAUCUCCUUUCAUUCCAUUUCUGUGCAUUUUAUCCAUUUGUUUAUCUAGAACCGCGAACAUUGUGGCUAUCAUUUGGACAUGUAAUAUGGCUGAUAAAGACUACAGGUUUAUUUUAUCUUAGUUAGUAAUCUGUGUUGUUGAGAUCAUAAAUGUAGUCAGGCGGCUCUGGUAUAAACGAGAUGCUGCCCUAAUUAUUGACUCGUGUGUUUUAUAUUGUUGUUUAUUUAUUGUAGCCAUUAUGUUUCUCCUAAUUUAAAUUGAGAUGAGACCUGACUUUGGACCAAUAUAUAAGUAGGCAUGCAGUUUGCUGCUCCACAGAUAAUAUUUUCCAUUAUUUUCGAACAGAACACUAUAUACCUCCUAAGUUUCCUUCUGGCUAUUGAGUACUCGCUCGCUGAAAGCUCACGUUACUUGAUAUUUGAAAAAUAUCCUCGCCAACGUGGUUAUAUUCUUCGCUAGCUUUAAUAGUAAUAUUACUUUAAAACUGCUUAAUACAUAUCUGUGUUACGGAGGUGAUAGAAUGCAUAUUAAUUAAAAUUAUACCUAUUCUAGCGGCCAACAUUAAAAAGACAGCAUAAUAUUUUGCUAGCGAGCAAAUGGCUUCAACAUUAAUGUUUUAUUGCAGAUUCCUAUUUUGUAUACCUAGUUUUUAAGAAUAAUUCAGGUUUAGGAUAUAGUCGACAUCAUUACGAAAUUCUAAAUGUCUCUAAUCGCAAAUAAUUUUUUACCUUUGUUACAUAAUAAUAGGAUAAGAGUGAGAGCAUCAAUAUUUAGUACUUGCUAUUGGCGAUGUUCUCAAACAGAAAGUAAAUAAGUACAUUGUCGGGUGGCCAUAAGGACGAUUUCUAAUUACUUACAUCUUUAUUCCAGCGGCUACCUUACCUGCCUUUUGUCUGAGAACGUCACAUUAAUUAAGUUAGGAAAAGGAAUGUUUAUAAUAAUUUCAGAGACGCAAUACGAGUAACAUUUAGUUAAUUUAUUUGGAAUUGUCGAAGUAUCGGCUGUGCAAUGUUGUAUAAACAUUGAGUUUGCUGUUGCAACCUUAUCGCGUACCUCUUUAUUGAUGCCGUCGUAAUGUAGGAUAAAAUAUUAUCUACUCAAUAUAUACCUAGCCUCUAUAUUAAAGAUCUUAGAACUUGUGAUUUCCUCCUUCCUUUAUAUGUUCAGCCUUGUGAUAUCUGUCUGUAUGCGAACUCAAGCGGCUCGCUUAUACUUUGGCGAUCCAACAUAAUCACUUUACAAGUUCCUGAAGACCUCUUUUUGAGGCUAAACAGAAAUGGGUGAUUUAUUAGGUAUCGGCUGCACCCCUACUUCUUUUUUUCCUCAUUAGUCAAGUACAUUCUUCGAGAUAAAUAUAUUUUUUGUGUUAGAGCCCCAUUCUUUUUAACCAUUUAUGAAUAAAAAUUGCGUACUUAGGGCCUACAUUUAAGGGAUUAUCAUAACGGUACUCUCUAGACAUGAUGUAAUCGUUUAUCAAUAAUAGGUAUCUACAUUAGAUGUAAAGAUAUUUUUGGCUUGAUAUAUGUAGCGUAGUUAGUGGCCGAGGCCGGGGUGCCAACGCAUAAGAACGACGUAUCUUGAGAAUGUUAUUUGUUUUAUAGGCUCUAAAAUUGAAUGAAUAUGUGUAAUAUAAAUAUUUUUUUAAAAUCAAUAAAGAGUGAUAUUGAU